CGAAGAAAGUUCAUAGGAAAAUUACAGCUACUUUAAAGAAGAUGAGACCACCAAGCAGGAGUGUAGAGGAGGACAACGAGUAUUACGGACCAAUUGAUGGGGCAAGACCUCAAGAUCAUUCAGAUACAUAUUGGAUGCUGCUACAAAGCAGCUGUUUACAGAAAAUAGUGAAUGAACCAAUAUAUGUAUCAAAAUUUUAUUCGUGGGUGAAGUUAUGUGAAGUGUGUUACAGUGAAAGACAAAUUAGAGGAGUAGAUGCAUAUGAGUUAAAAGAGAACUAUCACGCAAUAACAUCUAGACUACACAGACUCACUUGGGAGCACAAGACUGGUUGCAUAAGGUGCAAAAAAGAACUAAUGUGGGUAAGACCAGCCCAUCAAUGCCGAGAUUGUAUAGAAGAAUACUUAGUUAAGGAAGAUAUGUUCAAUAUUAGAGAAAACGCGAGAAUGAAUUACGAGACAGAGACAAUUAAACGCUAUUAA